CAAUUUGGAUAGUUCCAAAAAAAAUGGAUGCCUCUGGUCAACGUAAAUGGCGUGUAGUUAUCGACUACCGUCGUUUAAAUGAUAUUACAAUUGGUGACUCUUACCCGAUUCCCAAUAUUUCCGAAAUUCUAGACCAGUUGGGUAAGUGCAAAUAUUUUAGUACCUUAGAUCUAUCAUCCGGCUUUCAUCAAAUAAAACUAGCUGAAGCCGACGCUCCAAAAACUGCCUUCACCGUUCCUCAAGGACACUUCGAAUUUACUCGAAUGCCGUUCGGGCUUAAAAACGCCCCCUCUACUUUUCAAAGAUUAAUGAACACCGCUUUAUCCGGACUGUCGGGUAUUCAAUGCUUUGUGUAUCUAGACGACAUAGUCAUCUAUUCUUUUGAUCUUGAAACUCACACUAAAGCCCUCACUAACGUUUUCGAUAGACUCCGUCACUUUAACCUUAAACUCCAGCCGGAAAAAUGCGAAUUUUUCCGGAAGGAAGUAUCUUAUCUAGGCCAUAUCAUUACUGACGAGGGUGUAAAACCAAAUCCCGAAAAGACCAAAGCAGUCCAAAAUUUUCCCAGACCCAAAUGCCGAAAUGAUAUUCGAUCUUUUAUGGGAUUAGUUUCGUAUUAUCGCCGUUUCAUCCCAAACCUAUCAAAAAUUGCUAAACCGCUUACAAAUUUACUACGAAAAGACAUCGAAUUUAUCUGGCAAAAUGAACAACAAUUAGCUUUUGAAAAAUUAAAAAAUUGUCUUACCACCGCUCCCAUUUUAGCUUAUCCAGACUUCACUCAACCAUUCAACCUUACAUGCGAUGCCUCAAAUCACGCUAUUUCAGCUAUUUUAUCACAGGGCCCAAUAGGAAAAGACCGUCCCAUUGCUUAUGCAUCGAGAACACUCAACAAAGCCGAAUGCAAUUAUAGUGUCACUGAGAAAGAGUGCUUAGCAAUCAUCUGGGGCACUAAAACGUUUAGGCCAUAUUUGUACGGCAAUAAAUUUAACAUCUUAACCGACCACAGGCCCUUAAAGUGGCUAUUUAAUUGCAAAGACCCCAGCUCUAAAUUAGUCAGAUGGCGGUUAAAACUGGAGGAAUUUGACUACAACAUCGAAUAUAAAAAAGGUAAAAUUAACAGCAACGCCGACGCUUUAUCCCGAUUCCCAGUCCAUCCUCUCAUUGAAAAGUCUAAUCCCGAAAAUAAAUCAAGCCAAAACGAAAUUCCAACUCCUAACGAUGCUGAUCUAAGAUCCUCAAUGGAUGAUAACCCCUCUCUCCCGUUCAGUCCCCUCACUUUAGAAGACUUAAAUAUUGAACUCCCUACUAACUCUGAUGGAGAGAACAGCAACUUACCUCCCAUAGACCUCCUUGACGAUGACGAUCUAUUUUCUAAUAUUCACGACUUAGAAAAUGAAAAUAACUUACCCUCAUUAAAUUUACAACAUCCUAUGCCUUCUUCUUCUAAACCAGCAAUCCAAGAAAAGUCACCUGAUCAAUCACAAUCUACAGACAAAGCGAAUCCCAAAUCCCCACUUAUUCUCAACGAUGACUAUAACGCAUUCCUAAAAGCAUUUUCGAAUAAAGACGAAAUAUUUAACACGAUAAUAAAUGAACAUAACGAAAGCCUUCUCAAAAGCAAUUCCAAGGUUAUCCUAGUCCCAACAUCAAUAGACUUUGACGACUCAAACCCUUAUCUACAAGAUAUCCUUUCUACAGUGGAAGACUCCUCUGACAUACUUAACUCCGAAAGAGAACUUCAUUCGUUUAAGAAAAUAGAAAUUAAAGGAAAAAUAUUUUAUCUUCUUUUUACUAAAGUCUACUAUUUCGAUGACUGCACGUAUCCAGACAUAUUUAAAGCACUUAAGUCCACUAGAGAUGAUAUUGUUUUGACCGGUGAUAUUAAUGAAAUAGCUAUAUCUGAUUUUAAAAACUCAUUUGAGCAACAUUCUUUUGUAAAAAUAUACGGUAUGUUAAUGUACCUAUUCAAUCAUACGAAUAUUACAGUAAAUAUACAUCACAAUACCAUUAUAUAUCCAGUUCCAACCGAGAUCGCAAAAAUCCUGAAAGAAAAUCACGAUAUCCCAAUCGCUGGGCAUUUAGGCUCCAACAGAAUGUACAACAGAAUUAAAGAACGUUACUAUUGGAAAAAUAUGCGUGCAGACAUUGAGAAUUAUGUGAAAAGUUGUAAGCUAUGUCAAUCAAAUAAAGCCUUACGGAAGAUAAAUCAAGCUCCAAUGCAGAUAACAACAACCUCUACACGUCCUUUUGAAAGAAUAAGCCUUGACUUAGUUGGUCCUUUACCUGAGGCUGGGCUAACAAAACUUAAAUUUAUACUAACCCUCCAGGACGAUUUGACAAAAUUUUCUACAGCAUACCCUAUCACUAACGCCACGGCUGAAGAGACCUGCGAAUGUUUAGUUCACUUCAUUUCCCUAUUUGGAAUUCCAAAAACUAUUCUGACCGAUCAAGGAACUAAUUUCACCGCCGAACUGUUUAAGCGCACUUGCGAAUUCCUAAAAAUUAAGCAAAUAUGGUCCUCACCUUAUCACCCGCAGACCCAAGGUGCUCUAGAAAGGAGUCACUCGACCCUAAAAGAAUAUCUUAAAUCUUACGUAAAUGAAAACCAAACUAAUUGGCAUAAAUAUGUAUAUACCGCAAUGUUGACAUAUAACAGCAGUGUCCACACAACUACUAAAUUCACUCCUUACGAACUUCUCUUCGGUCAUAAACCAUUUAUUCCAGAUUCGAUAUUCGAUUCUCGUCCCGACGUUACAUACCCCGAAUAUACAAAAAUGCUACACCAUCGUUUAAAAGUAUCUCGUGAAAAGGCGCUUCAGAACAUUAACGCUUCCAAAGAAAGAUCAAAAACUUAUUAUGAUAAACACUCUCGCCCAAUCCAAUACAAAGUAGGCGAUUACGUUUAUUUAAAAAACCACGUGAGACUACGUAAAGCCCUUUCACCACUUUGGAAAGGUCCUUACAAAAUUGUCAAAAUCCACGGCAACAACACUCUUUCCCUCCUAAUUAACCGACGUCAUGUCAAACAUCAUUAUGAUGAAAUAAAACCUGCACAUGACGUAGAUUAA